AUGUCCAACAGCAAACUUGCACUGGCAACCCGUGGCUCGCAAGGGAGCGAAGAUGCCCCUGUGGAAGCAGACAGGCUGGAGGAGUCACUGGAUCUGGACGAAAUGCCAAGGCCGACUGGAGGGGAUGUUGAGCAAAAGGUGACACUUCCGCGCAUGGGGAACCCAGGUGACGAGCUACGGCACAGUGGUGGCUCGUAUGCGGUAGACGACUAUAUCAGGAGACCCAAUUCUUUGUCGUCUGUCUGCUACUGGGACUUUGUCGCGCGCUACCAAAAGCUCACCGCCAAGAGUGCCAGGAAGAAGGGGCCACAGAAGGCAGCAGCUGAAUUCCUACCUUCCCAUCCCCAGUUCAGAGCGCACCGCAUUCAGACUCGUCGUACCCCUGUCGUCCCCAUCCUCUCUGGCCCUACAAUCCCGAGAGACUCUCCUGUCUCGUCCGAGGAGCACGCGAGAACUAUGCUUGCCCUAUUCAAACCAUGGCGAUCACCAGCGGAUCUCGUUCCGGCCGACGGCUCCACCUCCAAGGAGCUUUCCUCUUGUGUAAAUUAUUUGAGUCUUCAAGAACCUUCGGGGUUGAACUUUCUUCUUAUGAACUGGUUGAAUCGCCGGAACCAGCCAUGA